AUGGGAAGCCUUUGCCUGGUUUUGAUGGUGUUGCAACUUUCAUGGAGUCUGUCUUCUUCUGUUCCUCCUCCAUCCUCUCAUUUAUGUCUCCCACACCAGAGAGAUGCUUUGCUCCAUUUUAAAACCACCAUUUCUGUUGAUUGCGAUUUUUAUCAUGAUGAUGGUUAUCGAGAUCCUUAUCCCAGGAUAGACAUAGAGUCAUGGAACAAAAGCAUUGAUUGUUGUUCAUGGAAGGGAGUGAAAUGCAACAACGUGACUGGUCAUGUAAUCGGCAUGGAUCUUAGUCACAGUUGCCUUGUUGGUUCUCUCUUUGCAAACAACAGCCUCUUUCAACUUCACAACCUCCAACAAUGGCUUGAUUUGAGCUCCAACAACCUCAGAGGCUCUCUUCUUGAGAACACUAGCAGCUUGUUUCACUUUCAUGGACUCCGACGACUCAACCUUGCUGAUAAUGGUUUCGAUGGCAUCAUCUCAUCAAAAUUAUUUAGCCAGUUGGUGAGUUUAACCCAUCUUAAUCUCUCUUAUAAUGGGUUCUUUGAUGAUAAUGAAUCAUAUUUGAGAUUUGAUGGCCAUGGUUUCGACAUGCUUGCAAGAAACUUGACCAAAUUAAGAAACCUUGUGCUUGACACUGUAGAUAUGUCUGAUGUUGCACUUACUUCUUUACUGAACUUGUCUUCGUCACUAGAACAUUUGAGUUUCAGUUGGUGUCAAUUGCAUGGGGAAUUUCCAACUCAAGCUUUUCAGCUUCCAAACCUCAAAGUUUUAGAUUUAAGUGGGAAUGAGAAUCUCGCAGGUUAUCUCCCUAACACAAACUGGAGUAGUGGCCUUGAGUUGUUGGACCUUUCCGAAUGUGGUUUUAAGGGGUCAAUUCCAGCAUCAUGUGGAAAUCUCACUCAAAUCAUUUCCGUUGGUUUAGAAGGAAAUUCGCUUGAAGGACAGAUUCCAGAUGUUUUUGGAAACCUUAGAAAAUUAACUUCUUUGAGCUUUUCUUCAUGCAAUUUGAGUGGUCCACUUCCAAUAACUAUCUUCAACCUCACAAAAAUUACCCAUUUGGAUUUGUCAUAUAAUCACUUGGAAGGUCCCUUUCCAAAUCAUGUUAGUGAGCUUCAAUUUCUGGAGGAACUUUUGUUAUCAUAUAACUCUAUAAGUGGUGGAGUACCAUCUUGGCUGUUUACUCUGCCAUCUCUUCUACAGUUGGAGCUCAGUUAUAACAAACUAGUGGGUUCGAUCGAUCGAAUUCAGAAGCCUAGUUCCAUCCAAGAGGUUUAUUUGAGUUAUAAUAACAUUAGUGGUUCAAUACCGUGUUCCAUUUUUGAUCUUGUGAACCUUACUUCACUUGAUUUGUCAUCGAACAACUUGAGUGGUCCAAUACCAGAUUCCAUUUUUGAUCUUGUGAACCUUACUUCACUUGAUUUGUCAUCAAACGACUUGAGUGGUGGCAUCAAAUCAGAUAUGCUUUCAAAACUCACGAGUCUUGAAUUUCUUGAUGUUUCAAGUAAUAGUUUAUUAUCAUUAAGCACAAGCGGCAAUGAUGUGAACUAUUCUUUCCCCCAGCUUACAACUGUGAUAUUCUCUGGUUGUAGCGUAAGGCAGUUCCCGAAUUUCUUUCGAACAUCGAAGUUGACAUUUUUAGACCUUUCUAAUAACGUGAUUUCUGGUGGAAUUUCCAAAUGGGAAGCUGAAGGGUGGGAAGGAUUGAUAUCUUUGGACCUUUCUCAUAACUUCUUGACUGCUUUGGAGCAAUUUCCGGGAAACAAUUUGGGAUAUCUCAACCUUCGUUCCAACUUGCUUCAAGGACCAAUUCUCUCAACUUGCUUGAAUCCUCAAAUUCCAAGUUCAAAGGAGUUGUCAGUGAUCAUCAUUUCAAAGAAUAAAUUGACAGGAAACAUCCCUUCUUCUGUUUGCAAUUUAAGUUCACUUGAUGUUUUGGACUUGUCCGAAAACAGCUUGAGUGGAACUAUUUCUGAUUGUUUUGGAAAUUUACGGUCUCUCGAGUUCAUGAAUUUGCAGAUGAACAACUUCUAUGGCAAGAUCCCUGAUUCUUUUGUGAAUAAUAGUAAGUUGAGCCAUCUUUUACUGAAUGACAAUCUAUUGGAAGGAUUAGUACCACCAUCUUUGGCUAAUUGUAUUUCAUUGGAACUUUUAAAUUUAGGGAAAAACAAGUUAUCAGAUAGGUACAUUGCCCACGAAACUCUUUCAAAAUUUGAGAGCAAUGAAAGGUAA